ACGUCCACGUGGUUGUUCCACUCCUUCACUGUAGGAGGCGAUGUUGCAUAGCAACGCCGAAUAAGCAUUCUACGCUAGCAGCAUUCCAAACGAUAGGAUCAAGCUGUUGUUUCGCUGCCGUUUGUAAGCUUCGUUUUUAUCAUUUGCCAACCUACACCCCUGUUUCUAAAGCCAAGAAAGCGGCUAAUAUCGCCGAGACUUUCAUAUCCACAAAGUAAUCGUCCUAAUAUCGCAUGUCCUCUAUCCAGAAUCUCCAAACUUUCGAUCCCUUUGCUGAUGCAACCAAGGGUGACGACAAAAUCCCGGCAGGGACAGAGGAUAAAAUCCACAUAAGGAUUCAGCAGCGGAACGGGCGGAAAACCCUUACCACUGUGCAGGGUAUCGCACAUGAUUACGACAAGAAGAAGCUGGUGAAGGCCUUCAAAAAGAAAUUUGCCUGCAAUGGCACUGUGAUUGAGCACCCUGAGUACGGGGAGGUGAUCCAACUGCAGGGAGACCAGAGGAAAAACAUCUGCCAGUUCCUCCUGGAGAUAAACAUUGUGAAGGAGGAGCAGCUGAAGGUGCACGGCUUCUAGAGGGAUGCCAUGGGCGUCAGGACCCAGGGCACUGCGGCCACCACUAACACCAACACCACCGUUGGGCUGCUUCCCUCCCCCUCCCUCUGCUUCAACACCCACAAUGCCGUGAUCACCUAAGUUAAGCAACGUGUCUGAUGCACAGCAAUAAAGGUUUUAUGGGUUUUGUGUUAAAAUGCAAAAAAAAAACAAAACAAAAAACAAGUCUGGUCAGGUUCUUGUCCUCGCCCCAUUCCAUCCCCUCUCCUCCAUUGUUAGCUCAUGAAGGAGAGGGCAUGGGAGGUCGGUUAUGGUGCUGCUUUUCUCUAGCUGCUACUACACUAUGGUGGCUUGACAGUAGUUAACGUUUCAAAGUAUCUUUUUUCCCCCCACUUACUGUAAAUGUCCGCAGAGCUUGAGGUAAAGUCUUUUAAUUUUUUUUAACGAGCCUUCUGUUAAAGAGGCUGACUGUUCAUAGCAAAUUUUUUGCUGCUGCGUUCAUUGACACGAUAGUGAAGUAUACCGCACGUGCGUAAUGCGCAGCAUUUUAAUAAUUCACCUUUGGUGUCGGUUCAGGUGAUCAGUUUACUUUUAGAUUUAUAAUUUGGCUUUUUACUGAAACGGGUAAACUUGAAAGGAAUUGGAAACCGGUGUGCAUAUUGAAUCAUCUUAUCUAUGCAAUGUUUACCAUCAUUUGCUAGCUGCCUUUUAUAUACCAUUAGUAACAUCUAAGCACUGAGCGCUUGGCUGUCCUUUUGUCAGAAGUCCUCCUAUGCUUCUCUGCCAACACUCCAAGGGUGUGCUCACUCGACAGAAGUCACAGGCUAAUGAGAUUGAGCUGAGCUUUAGCCUGCCUGAGCAGUGAUGGGAGAGAAAGUGAUGGGAGAUCUUCCAGGGGAUAUCCUCAGUCAGCUCAGAGUGAAACUACACAUGCCCAUGCCACACUCCAUUUGAUGGCUGAUGGUUUUUGCAAAGCUUACCAGACAUGAUGGAAACGGCCAUGACUUCUUGUUCUUCUCCCAUGCUGAACAAGAAAGACAAAACACGCCCCCUCCCCCUCGGGUAGACUUGGUUGUUAGGAUGGAUCUGCUGUAGAGAACUAAUGCCAGCCUGAGGGAGUGAGCCCCCUGUGUAUUUUGUAAUGGCAGGGAAUAACACAAGGCUCAUCUCCUGUGUCUGUGCAAAGAUGCCAUUUAGAUGUUCAUCACCAACGUGUGCAAUAUUCUUGUCAUCUGGUAAUACUGAUAAAUGGCUGUGCAAUACGUAUGACUGAUUCCUUCCAAAAAAAAACAAAAAAAGAUAGUAAGAUAAACCACUAAUACUAUUAGUCUGCUUCCUUGGUGACAUCAUGGCUGAUCUUGUGGUAGGUUUUGGCUUAGUUGAUAGCGGCAUUCCAGGGGAGGAGUCAAGAGUAUUCUACAGCCUUGCUGACUUUAAUGUUGUGCCUACAGUCUUAUCAGCAGGCCAUGCCACCUACCAUAGUUAGUGAUCGAAUCAUUUCUGAGGACUGUUACGCGAAGGUGAAAUCAGCGGGAGCGGUUUAAUAGUGCUCAAAUGUCAACAUUUUAGGUCAUAUUUUUUAUUGCCCCUCCUCCACAAAGUUUUACGUACUCAUCGAGUCUUUCUGUACUUUAUACAAUGCAAAAAAAAAAAAAAAAAACCUUUUUGUGAACCAAAAUUAGAAGAUUUUGCUUCAAAGUUUUGUGGUAUGUUUACAUUGCAUAUUAACAUUUGUUACAGCUGUUACAGUUGAGCAAUAACUUGGAUUAUGUUUUGACAUCUACAGUUUCUCUCAGACAGUGGUUGCUGAACUUAUGUUGUGCUUUGUUUUUAAAAAAUUCAAAUAACAGAAUCAAUGUGAACUCCCUGAUUUGAAGUGCAUGAGGAUGCAUUGUGUAUUUGUCUACGACUCGGCAGUUUAAUACUUGAGCAUCAUGUUGAAACAUUAUUAUUACGGAAUAAAAAUUAAGAAAAGACGGUUAA